AUGCAUACUUGCGACCUCAGUAUUCCCUACAAAAUAGUCAACGUGCUGCUAAUCUGCUGGGAGGACACGACCCAGCACGAAUUUGAGAACCAACUGGAUACUCUCGCUUCCGAAUUCAAAAAAUUUAACUUCUGCGUGCGAAAGUACAAGAUUGCUUCCAAGCGGCCUCAGCAAAAGCUUAACAGAGAGCUAUUGUCCUUUCUGGAUAAUGAUCAAGAUGAUACACUGUUGAUAAUCUACUAUGGUGGGCAUGGCCUCAAUAACAGUGACAAAGAGUGUAUUUGGCUUCGCACCGUGGAAGCCAUCGUCGCCUGCGGCUUCGAGACGGUGACUCCUUUACGAGGAGAGGACAGCUUUACAACAUUUCUUAUUAGCCAGCUCGAGCAGAUCCGUGAGAAAGGGGAGCUGGUUUACGCAAACCGGCUGUGCGGGAGGGUCAAUGCCGAGCUGAAUCAAGAUUCGAAUGGCGGUUACGAAGCGCAAAAACCCGCAACAACGCCAGCCACACCGGAUCGCGAAGCAUCACCGCCGUCUUCGGAGAGUGGUUACAGAUUACACAGAGUAACAACACUGCCAGCCAUUAUAACAUCGGCAUGUGAAGCAUCACCACCACCUUCGCAGAGCGACGAUGGGUUUGAUGGAGGCGUUCCGAGCAGCGAUUUACUUCCCCACAUACGCACUAUAAAUUUCGAGUGCCCCUGCCUGGAUGUGGAGCAUCUCUACGACGAAACCCCACUUGAAAAUGAUGAAAUCCGGGUCCUACGCCUCUUCCCCUGUGAAGAUUCAAGUGAGCCUAUUGAAUGCUCCUUUCUAGUCGAAAAACUGCCCAGGUCGGACCAAGAUGUCACGAUCGGAAGCUACAAGGCCCUGUCCGGCCUCUCUCAAAUAGGCGAUAGUAAAGGCACCGAUAGUAAAGGCACUAUCUCGAUGCAUUCAAGCAAAACAUCAAGAAUAUAUCCGCUAGCAGCCUCCACGGGCAUCGUGCAUGCUCUGACUCAACUUCGAGACCCGGAAGAACCAGUUUCUUUUUGGGUGGAGAUUAUCUGCAUAAAUUCAUUAAACCCCAAAGAACAAUCGCGGCAGCUGGAGAAGAUUCCAGGAAUAUUUCAGAGCGCCAAGGAGGCCAUCGCCUGGCUUGGAGAAGGGGACGAGGAUAUUCGCUCGGCGAUGAACUUCAUUCCGCGCCUUCUCGAUCUGAAUAACGUCGAUGCUCUCGUUGUAGACGAUGACACGACCAGACAGUGGGAGGCGUUGAUCAACCUCCUCGACCGGCCAUACUUUAGACGGCGGUGGAACUUUCUUGAGAUUCUACUCGCCCGCCGCGCCACACUCCACUGUGGAGAUUGCCAAAUCCCCUGGGGCCAGUUCUGCGAUGCUGUGGUCGUGCUUGGCUCGCGUUACGAUGACAUCCAACUCCUUCUGAGAACAGCCGCCAAUUCUAGCAGGACCGAUCCACGCUCGUUAUUGGGUAGAUCAGCAAACGACAUGGGCGCAUAUCACACCAUACCAGCGCAUUUGAUAGACCCACGCGCUCUGGCAGCAUACUCAAUGGUACAGGUGUCUCGUGAGCUGUUCAAUCGAAACGAAGAUGGGUCACUUCCUGAAAAGUGCAGUCUUGAGACGUUAGUAUCAAUGCUCCCCGCGAUGCAGUCGGCCGAACCACGUGCAGUUAUUUGGGCCCUUGUGCCGAUCGCUAGUGACGGCAGGAAGUGGCUUUCUUCCUGCCAAGGGGUUGACCUAUCGAGUGCGGACAAAGUAUAUCAGAAGUUCAUCCAACACUGCUUUCAGGAAUCCAAGUCAAUCAAUAUCAUAUGCCGCCCCUGGGCACCGCGGCAUAUGACAUUCGAACGCCGGAAUACGAGCGGCAACACCACCGCUCCUUCAUCAGUGGUGGAUAGAAACAUUGGUUACGGCACAUUACCCAUAACCUGUAAGCUGCCAUCUUGGAUUCGGCAAGUGGAUGAGCUUCCAUUCGGAGACGGCCACCAAGGAGGACGACGGAAUGGCGAAAUCUUCGUCGGACACCCAGGCAACCCAUCCCCAUAUGAUGCCUGCAACGGAACUACGGCUGAAGCCAUCUUCGGCAUGCCUUCAAGUGCCGGCGAAACGGAAUUUGACGGAAAAGUCACGGUGAGCGGCUUCAGAGUGAGUCCUAUCUUCAAUACUAUGAACCGUGCCUCGGAAGGGACGCUUCAUAAGGAAUGGAUAGCCCUUUGCAAUGGGAAAGACGACGAUGAAUCCUCCGUACCUGACGGCUUUUGGCGGACCCUCGUGGCUGACCGCGGCCCCGAAGGCAUGGCCGCACCGCUUUGGUAUAAACAGGCCUGUCGGUACUGGAUAAAUUUCAAGAUGGGCCAUGACAUUGGCGCUUCUAGUUUAGAGGCCGGCCAUCCAUCGAUGGCCCUGGACUAUAUCAAGAGAGUCCGAAGCGUCAUCUGGAACCGGGUGAUGUUUGAAAUCACUGACUACCGAGGAAGAAGCAUUUUGGGCCUUGGCCCUGAAAACACAGCCAAAGGAGACAUUGUGUGCAUCCUUAACGGAUGUAGCGUUCCGGUAAUUCUGCGGCAAAAAAAUGACGGCUGGUCUCUAGUAGGCGAAUGCUUUGUUUACGGCCUGAUGGACGGCGAGGCCAUGAAAAAUGAGGCUUACACGACGAAAAAUCAGGAGUUUCUGAUGUUAUAA